UGUUUGUUGCCACCUAAUCACACCCGUGCCUUUUCGAGUUUCGAUGAGUAUGGACUGGUGGGGUUCGUUUUUCGACAAGUCUGUCUCCGGCUCCGCAUGCAGUCCUCUCACUCUUUACUUCAUAAAUUUGACCCUGCCAGUUUCUCUGUCUCCUCUGUCUCUUUUUCUCUUCGGUUCGUGUUUUCGAAUCGAGAAACCAGAGAAAGAAGGGGAGGGUUUUGACUUUUGAGUGUUAAAUCUUGAAGACACUGAAAAUGGCGGGAAGCGAGCUUGAACAGCAAUUGAUGGAUGCUGCGAAUAGACUCGUUCAACCCUCAACCUCCAUUGAUGAACUUCUCUCCCUUCUUGAUAGGUCAGGGGAAUCCUUGUCGAAGAUGGAUCAAUCAUCUGGGUCCAUUAUGAUCGCACUAUUGCGCCUGAAAAAUGCACUGGUCUGUGAUAAACUUUUACGACAUUCCAAUAUGGAUGUGAAGGUGUUAGUUGCUAAUUGCCUCAUGGAGCUUAUGAGGAUAACAGCACCCCAUGCUCCUUAUGAUGAUGAAAGAUUGAAGGAAGUAUUCUAUCUGAUUGUGGCAGCAUUUGAUGAGCUUUCUCAAAUGGGCAACCGUUAUUUUGCCAAGGCAGUUUCUACCCUGGAAGUCUUUGCAGUAUCCAAGGUAGUUAUGGUGAUGCUGGACCUUGAGUGUGAUGAAUUGAUCGUCAAACUAUUCCAGUUUUUCUUGACCACUAUUAGGCCAGACUACCCAAAGGCUGUAUUUUUUAACAUGGAGACAAUAAUGACUGAUGCCAUUAUGGAAAGCAAUGAUAUAUCGGUGGAGCUUCUCAAUCCUUUUUUGGAUAGUGUUAAAAAAGAAAGCCAGAAUGUUUCACCAACUUCUUGGAUGUUGGGGAAGAAUGUUAUUGAAAACUGUGCUACGAAGCUUGAGCCUUAUCUUGUGAAAGCAGUAGAGUCCGAGGGGAUGUCAUUAGACAGUUAUGAUCAUAUACUUGGAUAUAAAUGCCAAAGUAUAACUGGCAAUGUGAGGCCUUCAUAUGACCACGGUUCUCAAAAACCUAUGGGAAAAUCAACUGACGUUCUGAGUCCAGGGUCCUCUCCCCGAAGGUCUAUGCGGAAGAAACCUGUGUUGCCCAAGGUGGUAUCAUGCCAAUCAACAAAAUUGCAGCAUUCUAGUAGGAGGAGACUGGAGAACAAAAUCAUUGAGAUCUCACCUAAUGAGCCGACAAUUCCAGCUGAAAAUCAAGUCAGCAGCAGUAAAAUGGUGAUUGUCUAUGGGUAUGAAGUCAAGGCUAGCAGUGCACCAAUACUAAAGGCCAUUUUUGCCAAGUAUGGAGAUAUUACUUCUAAUUGCCUGUACAGGUCAGUGUCUAUGAGGGCUUCGUUGCUCGAAAUUGUUUGUGGUGUUGUCUCUAGACUACAAAGCACUGAUAUCCCUCUCAAAGUUUCUGAGCUUAAAGUCAUUCAGAAUGAAGUGAGAGAUUUAGAAGCUGCCAAGAUUGAGGUUUCAUGGCUAAGCCAGUACUUGGAAAAGAUGACUAAAGUCGAAAAGAUUGCUCAGAUGAAAACUACAUUGAAGUCCAUCAAGGCAAAUAGUGUGCUUGUCAUAAAAUCGGCUACCAAGGAUCUGGAAGAGGCGCUCAUGGAGCUCGUGGCAGUUCAGAAACGAAUGGUGCAUGCCGAAAAAUGUGUUAGUGCAAUGAGGCUUGUGACACGGAAGAUCAAUGAUGCCAUUAAGGAGGCUGAGAAUGAGCAGCUCAUCUGCCAGAAGCAAAUGGAUGUCCUGCUGUAAUUCCAUUUGUGCGUGUAUGCAUGCAUGUGCAAGCAUCAUAGUUAACAAUAGAAGGAUUUGAAGAUUUUCUCUUUGUGGGCACAGUCCUCUUGUAAUGAUAAAAUUCAAAUCCUACAUCCCGAAUGCUUGUAUAUGUGUUGGUCCUUGGU